UCGUUCAUGAUCUCUGUGUUUAAUGAUGGAUCUGUAAGGAUGAACUCGGAGGACGUUUGGAGACGUUUCUGCUGUGAAAAUCCUGUGAGGAACUGAAGAAUCACUUCGUCCAGGAAUUAAACACAUCAUGGAUCUUUCAUUCAUGGCUGCGCAGCUUCCGAUGAUGAGCGGCGCGUUCAUGGACACGUCUCCGCUGGAGGACUGCAGCGCGGAGCACUCGCUCUUUAACUCCUCGGCCAGCGUGAACGCAGCGCCUCCUGCACCACCAGCGCCGGUUCAGCAGGAGGAGCCGCAGCACGUGUCCAGCGACGCCGUCUGGCUCUGGAUCGCCAUCAUCGCCACCAUCGGAAACAUCGUGGUGGUCGGAGUCGUCUAUGCUUUUACUUUCUGAGGACGGAACAGCUAUAUAACAACAAUAUUCCCGGCUUCAGUCCAGUAAUUUCCAGUUCCAGUUUCACUCCACACUUGUUUUCUACUUCUGACAAAAUAAAAUCAACAUUUCAUGUACAUUUAGUUGCUCAUGUGAUUAGCACCCUUAUAAUCAGCACCCUUAUAAUUUUGUUUCCACACUUACUAAUAUCAGAUAUGAUAUCCAAUAUGAUAAAGAGAGCUGAAUCACCAUGGCAUCUCCCAUCUGAUAUAAACACAUCUAAAGGCUGAUCCGGCUUUGAUCAUCUCAGGUCCAGCAGCAGCUGUUGCCAUGGUGAUUAAUCCUUUCUAAUUAAGGACACUAACAGACUCUUAAGGAUAUGCAAAUAAAGAGUUACUAUGGGGAAUACGCUCAUUGUUCAGUUUGAACAGGGACAACAUGAACUCAAGUGAUUAAAUCCAUCCUCUAUACCUGAAGACACUGAUUUAUUCUAGAUUUAUGAUGGAUUAUGUUGAGACAGGCAUCCAGACUACUGUAACACAAUAACACUUACAGUAAAACUGUAAAAUACAAUGUGCAUGAAACUCCACCAUUAUAUUUUUAUCUUACAAGGUUUUUGUGCUUUUAUUUGUUUAAUGUAAAGCCUGUCUGACCCUAUUCAUGGCCUUUUUUCUUAAGGUGUGAUGACUGGAUCAUAAAAAGUGUAGAAAGUUAAAGCUCAGUGUAUAGUAUAUUUGAGAGAACAGUAUUUAUUUUUCAAAACCACAGUUGAAUGAAUCUGUUUCUGUAGCUUUUUGGGUGAAAAGUGAACAACUAUUAA